UUGUUUACCUUCUUGAAAUGACAUCAUAAAUGAGACGUACCAAUCCACGACCAUUUGGGUUAUGGGUGAUCUGGAACUUUUAAAUCGCCCAUCCUGAUGGCAAUCCCGCCUUUGUUGCGUCUUUGGCACUUGGGCCGCCAACGUUAUGAACCAGUGUUGAAAUUACAGGAAUCUCUCGUAUCUAAGCUUGAUUCUGUUGGCCAAAAUCAAACCGAUUCCGUCGACAAUAUCCUGCUCACCGUUGAGCAUGAGCCCGUAUAUACCACGGGCAUUCGAACCCUCAACUACGGCCCCGAUGAAGCCAAACGUUUGAGCGCUUUGGGAGCGGAUUUUGUCCGCACUAAACGAGGCGGACUGAUCACGUUUCACGGUCCCGGUCAACUGGUCGUGUACCCUAUUAUGAAUCUCCGACAAUUCGUACCCCAAUCUUCGGCCAGGAAAGCUCUCUUGGGUAUGAAAUGGUACAUUCACGAACUCGAACAAGUCGUGAUUGACACGUGCGCUCAUUACGAUUUGGCAGCCGGUCGUUCGCCGCAUACGGGCGUUUGGAUCGGGGAGAAAAAGAUUUGCGCCAUGGGUGUAAGAAACAGCGGGUUCAUCACUUCCCAUGGAAUAGCGCUGAAUUGUGAAACGGAUUUGAUGUGGUUUGAUCACAUUGUACCAUGCGGGAUUCCGGAUAAGGGUGUGACCUCGUUGAGCGUGGAACUCCAACGACCGGUCACCAUCUCGGAGGUGGCACCCAUCGUGAUCAAAUGCUUUCAAGAUCGGUUUGACUGCCAAAUCGCUUGGGCCUCCCCAGAAACAGCGCCCUACUUUUGAUUCUAGGUUUCAUAAUGAGGUAAAAUGGAUGAUGGAGAAGGGACGAAAGGGAUGAGCCAUCUUAGUAAAUGAAUGCCGCCAGAUAAUGGAACUGACAUUGAUUUAUCUCCAUUAAAGAGGAGGGACAUA